CCGGGUCAAACGCUGCCCUGGGUGCUACAGCCUGCGCAAGGGUAAGGGGAGGCAGCUCGUGGGUCCCCUAUGGAACAGUACAAGGACUACCUCACCCCGUGCUUCCUGCUGCGGCCAGAGCCCAAGUUUGUCAAGGUUUUCUGGAUCCCGGAGAGCGAGAACCCGGACGACGACAAAAUCUACUUCUUCUUUCGUGAGUCUGCAGUGGAGGCGGCGCCAGCACUGGGACGCCAGUUCGUGUCCCGCGUUGGCCAGAUCUGUCGGAACGACGUGGGGGGCCAGCGCAGCCUGGUCAACAAGUGGACGACUUUCCUGAAGGCGCGGCUAGUGUGCUCAGUGCCAGGCAUUGAGGGUGACACCCACUUCGACCAACUCCAGGACGUGUUCCUGCUGUCCUCCCGGGACCGCCUGACUCCGCUGCUCUAUGCUGUCUUCUCCACGUCCAGUGGCAUCUUCCAGGGCUCCGCGGUGUGCAUGUACAGCAUGAAUGAUGUGCGCCGGGCCUUCCUGGGACCUUUUGCACACAAGGAGGGACCCACACACCAGUGGGUGUCAUAUCAGGGACGUGUCCCCUACCCGCGGCCUGGCAUGUGCCCCAGCAAGACUUUUGGCACCUUCAGUUCCACCAAGGACUUCCCAGAUGAUGUUAUCCAGUUUGCUCGGAACCACCCCCUCAUGUACAACGCAGUCCUGCCUAUUGGAGGGCGCCCUCUCUUCCUGCAAGUGGGAGCUGGGUACACCUUCACCCAAAUCGCUGCUGACCGGGUGGCAGCUGCUGAUGGACACUAUGAUGUCCUCUUUAUUGGCACAGACUCUGGAACAGUGCUGAAAGUGAUCUCAGUCCCUAAGAGCAGUAGUCCUAGCGUCGAGGGGCUGCUGCUGGAGGAGCUGCAGAUGUUUGAGGACUCGGCUGCAGUCACCAGCAUGCAGAUCUCUUCCAAGAGGAACCAGUUGUAUGUGGCCUCACGGAGUGCGGUAGCCCAGGUCGCUUUGCACCGCUGCGCGGCCCUUGGCCGCGCCUGCGCAGAAUGCUGUCUGGCGCGCGAUCCCUACUGCGCUUGGGACGGAGUCGCGUGCACCCGCUUCCAGCCCAGCGCCAAGAGGCGGUUCCGGCGGCAAGACAUAAGGAAUGGAGACCCCAGAAUGCUGUGCUCCGAAGAGUCAUCUCGUCCUGCGCUGCUGGAGCGAAAGGUGUUUGGCGUAGAGGGCGGCAAUGCCUUUCUGGAGUGUGAGCCUCGUUCGCUGCAGGCACGCAUGGAGUGGACUUUUCAGCGUACAGGGGAGACCUCCCACACUCAGGUGCAGACAGAGGAGCGCGCUGGGCGCACCGUCGGGGGGCUACUGCUGCGUGGGCUGCGGCGCCGGGACUCCGGCGUGUACCUGUGUGUAGCGGUUGAACAGGGCUUUUCGCAGCCGCUGCGUCGCCUGGUACUGCAUGUGCUAAGUGUUGCGCAGGCUGAAAGGUUGGCGCAGGCCGAGGAGGCUGCACCUGCCGUGCCGCCGAGCCCCAAACUUUGGUACCGCGACUUUCUGCAGCUGGUGGAGCAGGGCGGCGGUGGAGGGAGGAGCUCCCUGCGCAUGUGCCGCCCUCAGCCUGCGCUGCGUGCACCAACCCCAGAGUCCCGGAGGAAGGGCCGCAAUCGGCGGACCAACGCUCCUGAACCCCGCGCUGAGCGGGGGCCGCGCAGCGCAGCGCAGCGUACUAGUGACAAGGCUGUCCCCACGCCGGGGACCAGGCAGGAGACAACAGGCAGAAGAGAGGGCAAAUAACGGACGGGUUAGGGUCCUGGGCGACGAGACACCAACUGACCUGCCCUGGCCAUAGGGCAGCCGUAUGGGCUUAUUUAUUAACAGGAUAACCCUUGAAUAUAGCCCUGGGAAAAGCAGCCCAGGUCAGGCGCAGGAACCAGCCAGGAAGGAGGGGACAGAAAAGCUGGGCUUCAGAACAACCGAACCACCGGGGUCUGGGAGGCGCCUGGAGUGCCCAGUCUUCGGGACAGACCACUUCCUUGGGCAGUGAGCAGAAAGCUGUGAACAGGCUGGUUUGUUGGGGGCUGGUGAUGCCUGCCAACUGUACUAAAGUAAUGCAAUAAACACAUUAUCAGCAGAAGCUGGAAUGGCCCCAGCAGACAGCCA